AUGGCGAAAAACGCGAGACUGGGUCGCUUCGUGGCAGGUAUCUGUGCGGUAUGCAUACACAGCGGUGUGUACAUCUACAGCAUCGUGGCCGGAAUGAAGACGUUAGAAGUUUCGAUCGGUAACAAAAGCGUCCCAAUGGUGCAGCUACCAUGUCCAGUUUACAGUAAAUUCGUUGACACUAGGUUCAGUCCAGCGAGAGAGAUCAUGUUGGUGAUGCAACUGCUCUCGGACUUCGUAGUGAAUUCUGUUAUUGUUGGCGCGUGCAGCUUGGCUGCUGUCUUCGCUAUGCAUGCGUGCGGGCAACUCGACAUCCUGACCCUGCGUCUGAACAAUCUUGUCGAAGAUCAAGACGCAAAGAAAAAUGACUGGGCUAAUAAGAAGAUGGCUGACAUUGUGGAUCAUCAUUUGCGCGUCUUGAGAAUAUGCAACAAAAACAGAAUGAUGCUAGUGUUGAUUUAUGUCUCUUGUUAG